AUGAAUAAGGAUGCAGAGAAUGAUGCAAACAGUUUCACUGCAAUGGGGAAAUGUGUGGGAGAUGGUGGCAAUAAUAGUGGUGGCGAAGAUGGUGGUGGGGCGACAGCGACAGGCGAGGUGGCUUUGAAAAAGGGUCCUUGGACGACAAUAGAAGAUGCAAUUCUAGUUGAUUACGUGAGGAAGCACGGUGAAGGAAAUUGGAAUGCAGUGCAAAGGAACACAGGGUUGGCUCGAUGUGGAAAAAGUUGCAGGCUGAGAUGGACAAACCAUUUGAGACCAAAUCUGAAGAAAGGUGCUUUCUCACCUGAAGAAGAAAAGCUCAUCAUUGAAUUCCAUUCUCAGUUUGGCAACAAAUGGGCUCGAAUGGCUGCUUUGUUGCCUGGAAGAACUGACAACGAAAUAAAAAAUUACUGGAACACAAGGGUGAAGAGAAGGCAAAGGCAAGGUCUUCCUCUAUACUCAGAUGACCCUAAUCGUUCCAUUACUACAAGUACACCCACCACCAAUGUAACCUAUGUCGGUGAAAACUUCACCAACAACGCUCCCAUAACCAUGUUCGAGUUUAUCAAACAGAGUUAUCCUCAUUCUCCAUCUCCACGACACCAUUCUCCUUUAACUUUUCCGCUACAACACAGGGCAUCAUCCUAUCCUCAUAUGCUUUCCCCUCUAUCCUCUCCAGCUCACUCCCCAUUGUCCUCACCUGCAACAUCUUUACCUCUCUCCUUCACCUUCCAGAGACCUGCACCAUUGUUGUACAACCCUCUUAGCUUCAAGCGUUACCGCUCAACCCCAAGUUGUAACCCUAAUACCUCCCCUAUGAUGAAUAAUCCAACCCACUUAUCUGACAUUGAUAAUGGGUUCCAAUUCCCAAUGCAGCUCAAUUCGUCUUCUUUCUCCCACUUCUUUCAAAAUCCGACGUUGUUGGAUCUUGAAAGACGUGGGUCCUCGUUGACGUCUUCUCCUUCUAAUGCUCAAAGCAAGAUGCAACUUCUUUCGAAUCAGAUCCCAUUGUCGUUGCAAACGCAACAAAUGGAGCCAUUGGAAGUUAACUACGAUAUUGAGUACAAUAAUGACCCUAAUUCUUUGAGUGCAAGUAAUAGGUUGUUUGGGGAUUUUCUAUCAGAAACUCAACCCUCGACUUCUGGCCAUCAGAUUUUAAAGAAACAAAAUUAUCUGGGCUUAGAUGAACGAGACAAUAAUGUGUUUGAUUGCUGCCAAAGCUUUGAUGACUCUCCUCUUAGCUCCCUUUAUGCCUCUUCUACUCCAGUACUAAAACAGAAGGAAGAAGCAACUAACCUAAACCAAUCCAUGAAUGAGGAUUUAUCAACAUUUCUCACUGUAGUGCCUUCAAUCAUGCAAGACCAACAAAAUUGGCAAUAUAAUUAUGCAACAGAAGUUUCCGAUAAUGUCCAAUCUUCUCAUGUCAUCAUAGAUGACAAUUUUGGAUUUGAUAUCAAGCCCAAGCCUUCAUUGUUUCCUCUUAGUAUUGCUACAAACCAUAAUGAUAAUAGAGGAUGUUACACAUGGGAUAAUUUAUCUAGCCAAUGUUAA